GUCUCUCCCUUUUCCUCGCCCCCGGCCGCGCGCGAUGGCAGACGCCGUCGGUGCCAGGAGCAGGCCCAACACGCGGGAGCCGGGCACCCCUCUCGGAGGCGAGCGAGACGUUCGACAAGGGCUGUUCAGCCCGCUGCGCACGAUGGACGGGGAUGACGAGGAGGAGGAUGCGAGACCGGCAGUUGCCACGCCCCCUACGCCUCCGGAAGCACACCAACAGCCUGUCACUCUCAGUGCCAUCGCAGAGCUCUUGGAACAGACAUUUGACGAACGUCUCCGGCCAGUUCUGGACACGGGUCGGGAGCUCCAGGACGUGGCGAGAGUAGAGGCGAACAUGGACAACAUUUGGGAAGGGAUGGAGGAGAAGAACAACGACCUCAUGGUAAAGAUCCAGGCUGUAAAUGAUGAUCUCCAGAUUUUCAAGACGACCGUGGGCCCAGGAGGGAGGAAGGGCGGGAACGCGCAGGACAAUCAAUUCCAGCAGGACUUGCAGAAACAGAUUGUGCAGCUGGAAGCGCAGGUGCUUUUCGGAGCGAAGUGGAUACUCUCCAAAUGGGGGUUCGUGAAGUCGUCCAUGUGGGUGGACGAGGACGCCUUCGCCCUGCGCAUGGGGGGCGACCAGGUUUUUGCGGCCGUCGUGGAGGAGGGGGCCCUGAAGGUGGAUUUCGAGGAGGGCUGGACCCUGCUCGAGGAGCUCGCCGCCGUGCGCGACCGCGCCCUGUCGCUGAAGAAGCUCGGCAAGCUCGCGGAGGCGGAGCCGCUCAGCCGUCGGGCCCUGGAGGCCCAUGAGCAGGCCUUGGGGCCCCGCCACCCCCUCACGCUGGUGGCGCUGAGCAACCGCGCCUCGCUGUUACAGGCCAUGGGCCAGCGGGAGCAGGCGGAGCCGCUGUGCCGCCGCGUCCUGGAGACGAGGGAGGCCACGCUCGGCCUCUCGCACCCGGACACCAUCACCACCGUGGGGAGCCUGGCGGCGCUCCUGCAGGGGAUGGGCCGGCACAGGGAGGCCGAGGAGCUCUUCCGGCGCGCUGCCAAUGUCAAGAGCGCCAGUCUGGGGCCAAGGCACCCCGACACGCUGGCGGCCAAGGCCAGCCUCGCCUCGGCCCUCAGCGGGGCGGGGGCGCUGGCAGAGGCCGAGGCCCUGCGCCGCGACGUGCUCCGGGCCCGGGUGGAGCUCGGCGGGCCCGCCGAGCUCGGCGGGCCCGAGGGCGCGGGGGCCCUGGAGGCCAUGGCGGAGCUGGCCGCGGUCCUCCAGAGGUCGGGCAAGUACAGCGAGGCAGAGACACUGUGCGUCCGGGUGCUGGCCGCGAGGGAGGCGGCGGGAUCCGAGUCGGGGCGCCUGGCGGAGGCGCGGAGCCGCCUCGCUUCGCUGCUGUGGGAGAUGGGCAAGCACAGGGAGGCGGAGCCGCACCUCCGUGGGGGCGCCGCCGCCGCGGAGGAGGCGCUGGGGCCGGAGCACCCCGAGACGCUCGCCGCACUCGCCGCGCUCGCGGCGGUUCUCUGCAGGCUGGGGUCGAGCGAGGAGGCCGGGGCCCUCUUCCAGCGCGUGCUGCGGGCGCGCGAGCAGGCCCUGGGCCCCGCGCACGCCGACGCGCUCGACGCGGCGGGCGGCCUCGCCGAGGCCCUCGAGGCCUCCGGCAGGCUGGAGGAGGCGGAGGCGCUGCUGCGGCGGACGCUGCAGACCUGCGAGCGGACGCAGGGACCCGCGCAUCCGGAGGCGCUGGCGGUGGGCGGGCGGCUGGCGCUGCUGCUGCAGAGGGCGGGGAGGCCCGGGGAGGCCCUGGAGCUGCUGGAGCAGGCCGUGCUGACGUCGCGGAGGCUGGGCGCUGCGCACCGGGAGGCGUUGGCCGCCGUGGACCGCCACGCAGCGCUGCUCGCGCAGACGGGGAGGUGCGAGGAGGCGAGGCAGCUCUCCGAGCAGGCGCUGGUGACAAGGAUCGCGGAGCUGGGCCCCAGGCACCCAGAGACGGUCGCCUGCAUGGACGGCCUGGCAUCGUUUCUCCACGACUGCGGCGAGUGCGAAAAGGCCGAGGAGAUCUGCCGCAGGGCACUGGAGGCCAGAGAGGAGGUCCUCGGCGCCGCGCACCCCGCGACCCUGGGCGCCGCCGCGCGCCUGGGCGGCCUGCUGCAGGCCACGGGGAGGCACGCCGAGGCGGAGCCGCUGGCGCGCCGCACGCUGGAGGGCCGGAGAGCUGCGCUCGGAGACAGGCACCCCUUGACGCUGAGUUCCCUCAGCAACCUGGCGGUGCUGCUGGAGAAGCUGGGCAGGCUCCAGGAUGCCGAAUCCGUCAGCUGCGGCGCGCUGCAGGCCUAUGAGGAGGUGCUCGGGCCCGACGAUCCGCACACGCUGACCUGCCGCAGCAACCGCGCCGUGCUGCUGCACAAAUUGGAGAGGUUCGACGAGGCCGAGCUGCUCUGCCGGUCUGUGCUCGAGGCACGGGAGAGGACUUUGGGGCCCAUGCACGCCCUGACGCUGAGCGCCAUCAGCAACCUGGCCGCGUUGCUGCAGGAGACGCGGCGGCUGGAGGAAGCCGCGGCCGUGUGCCAGCUCGCCCUGAGCGCGAAGGAGAGCGCCCUGGGGCCCGACCACGCCGACACGCUCAUCUCCCGCACCAACUACGCGGCGCUCCUUACAGAGAUGGAGCGGUUCGAGGAGGCGGAGCCGCUAUGUCUCCAGGCCUUCGUUGCCUCCGAGAGGCUGCAUGGGCCCACGCACCCAGAAACCCUGACGGCCCUCAGCAACUUGGCCGUGAUCAUGCAGAUGCAGGGCAAGCUCGAGGAUCAGGCGCUGCCCCUGUGCAGGGUCGCCUACCAGGCCCGCGAGGAGAGCCUGGGGACCGACCAUCCGGAUACCCUCACGUCCCUGGGCAACCUGGCUGCGGUGUUGCAGGAGCUGGGCAGGGCCGAGGAGGCGGACGCCCACCUGCGGGAGCUGCGGGCCCGGCAGGAGCGGUCGAGGCCGCAGACGCGGGCGGGCCCGCCGAGCGUGGUGAACAAGCUGUGCUUGCGGUCGGAGGCGGAGCCGCUCGGCUGCUGGCGCGGGGAGGACGCCGCGGCGCCGUGGUGCGGCGGGCGCACGUUCUGCGGAGCAGAGCGGGGCCCGCACAGCCAAGCGUUCCGUUUCGCCUUGAGGGCCGUCCUGGGCGACCGAGGCUAGCUUGGGAGGAGGAGAAGAUACGGUCGGAGCGAGGCGUGAGAGCACGUGCGGUUUGUGUUUUUGCCCGCGGAGUGUCUCGUGGUUGUGCAGCGUACCAUUAUGUGCCUGUUCCAACUUUACCGGUACCGCUGCUUGUCCUGGAGAGCCCUCGUCGCCACGACUGGAUUCUCCGCGAAAUUCUGGUCAGAGCGCACCCCAGGAGAGAUCCAGGGAGUAGCGGUAUCGGUACACGUUGUCGGUUUUCUUAUACCCGCGUUGCGCGUUGCAUGUUUGCACGUUGGUUGGCAGAUCUCAGUAUAGCUGAUCUGCGCCUGUGUUCUUUGUGCCCAGCAACAACUAUUUCGACCAUUUAUUGGCAGGACUUGCCACUGCUAUGCAUGUUGGCAUUUUCCCGCUGUCAUUCAGCAUCCAAGACUCGGGCAGUGCCCAGCCCAUCCAAAGGCGAUGGUCGGGGUCAGCCAGCAGGUGUGCAGGUUGCGCAGGG